AUCAGCACAACAAGCGGAACUUGGUUGAGACAAGCAGCAAGCGCACGCCUACAGUCCCGUAUGUGCGGGUAUAGCUACGAGGCGUCAUUUGUUCUACGUUGGAACCAUUGGAGGGAGCUCGAGACCGUUUCCUAUCCCGCGCACCCGGGUACCUUAAAAUGCGCUCACUAACCUGAAUAUGGGGUAGCUUAAUGACUUCGGCGAAACUACUGGCAAACGCGAGCAACAGAAUUCACCUGUGAGCUGUAACGGCACGGCUCGCGCGAGCAUUCGCCGUCCAUAUGCUGACCGAUACGAACUCUCUUUCCCACAGCCGGUUCUGGCGCUAGAAAAAGAUAACGAUAAGCGAAAAAGCCUUUGGUAUCAAAUGGUUGGGCUCAAUGGACACUUCUUUUGUUCCCCCCCCCUCGGCUUGUGGGCAACCCACGAGCACAGAAAUGUGGCGAACCGGGUCCACCAAAUUUUUAAACGAAUAUUUUUCUCAGAGUGUAUGCAUACACAGAUACAAGUUUGUGGGAAUGCACAAAGUGACUGCUGAUAAGGGAAUUUGCACCAUGGUGCUGAUUGAACCAUUAUGAUAGCACCUCUCUGAUAUUGUGAUAAAUACAUUUUUAUUUGCUACUUUUCUCUUCUGUCAUCCCCAUUUCUCCAGUUCCUCUUCAUAACUUUGUGCUUUCUACCUACCGACGCACGGUCAGGGCUUCUCUAAAACAGCAGCCCAUCAUGAAGGACUGGGGAGACCGCAUCAAUAAUGCGGUCGCAAAGACGCGUUUUGGAUACUGGUUUCGCCUUGAGGGUUCGGGCCAUCGACGCGAGCGCAAGGGCGCAAAGUUCCUGACCGAGAUCCGUGCCGGCCUCACCACCUUUUUCGCAAUGGCGUAUAUCAUCUCCGUAAAUGCGAACAUCCUCACAGAUUCCGGCGGCACGUGCGUGUGCAAUGAUCCUGAGGAUCCGAAGUGCAUGAACAAUGUGGAGUAUAAUUUGUGUUUGAAUGUGAUUAGACGAGAUAUAAUCACCGCGACGGCGGCGAUUGCGGCCUUGUCGUCGUUUUGUAUGGGGUUGUUUUCGAAUAUGCCGGUUGCUUUGGCACCGGGAAUGGGCUUGAACGCUUAUUUCGCAUAUAAUGUCGUCGGAUUCCAUGGCACGGGGACGGUGAGCUAUCAGCUGGCUCUGACAGCAGUUUUCGUUGAGGGUUUUGUUUUCGUUGGCUUGUCAAUUCUCGGCUUGCGCCAAUGGCUAGCGAGAGCGAUUCCCAGAUCAAUCAAGUUGGCGUCUGGCGUUGGAAUUGGCCUAUAUCUAACUCUCAUCGGGUUAACGUACAGCGCCGGCAUUGGUGCCGUCACCGGUGACACAAGCACUCCUGUGACUUUGGCAGGAUGUAUUCCAGGUGCGAUGGACAAGAAUGGCACGUGUCCAUCCUGGGCUAAAAUGCGAAGCCCAACAAUGUGGAUAGGGAUUUUCUGCGGCGGUGUUCUGACAGCCGUGCUGUUGAUGUACCGCGUUAAAGGCGCGAUCAUAGCCGGAAUCCUUCUCGUAUCGAUCAUUUCCUGGCCCCGGCCUACGGAUGUCACUUUCUUCCCCCACACCCCAGAAGGCGACGACUCUUUUAACUUCUUCAAAAAAGUCGUAACGUUCCACAAGAUAGAGAAAACACUCGCCGUGCAAGAGUGGGAUCUCAGCAAAGCAGGUGGCCAGUUCGGCCUUGCUUUGAUUACAUUCCUCUACGUCGACAUUCUCGACAUGACCGGCACUCUGUAUUCGAUGGCCCGCUACUGUGGCGCUAUCGAUGAACGGACUCAAGACUUUGAAGGUUCGGCAACGGCAUACCUCGUCGACGCUCUCAGUAUCUCCGUCGGCUCACUCUUUGGUUGCUCGCCCGUGACUGCCUUUGUCGAAUCUGGUGCAGGUAUAUCUGAGGGUGGUGCGACAGGUAUCACGGCCAUGGUCACCGGUCUCUGCUUCUUUGUCUCCAUUUUCUUCGCUCCCAUAUUUGCGUCUAUCCCACCGUGGGCAACGGGCUGUACGCUCAUCCUUGUCGGCUCCAUGAUGACGAAAGUCGCGGCGGAUAUUAACUGGAAGUAUAUGGGCGAUGCGAUACCGGCUUUUGUAUGUCUCGCCAUGAUGCCGUUUACAUACUCUAUCGCAUACGGAUUGAUCGCUGGAAUCUUGACAUAUGCUCUGUUGAAUACAAUUACGUGGGUACUGGAAAAGUCUUCUGGGGGUCGAUUGGUGCCGGAGAAUAAGACGUUCAAGGAGCCUUGGACGUAUAAGAUUCCUGGAGGAAUUUUGCCAGGGUGGCUAGUAAGAUUGAUAAGAGGCAAAAAGGAUUUCUGGCGCGACGACACCGUCGAUAUUCCCUCGACGCAGACAUCGACUUCACUCACCCCGGGUAGCGAGUCGAUUCUUGCUGUCGACAAAGACCCAAUGCAUGCUCAGAUAGGAGAGUAUAGCCCUCCUGAAAAACAUGAUUAACUGCAAAGAAAUUAGCGAACUAUGGGGAUUUAUUUAGCGAAUCCAAGAGAGUAUCGGUGAUUCGAUAUCAUAUCCAGGAGAUAUUGCAGAGAGAUAUUUUGGUCAUGGCCAUGAGAUCGGCUCUAGGAUGUCCUAAAUUAUGAAUAACUAAAGGAUAUUUAUAUGCAGCUAUUGCUUUUGCACAUAAAUGUUAUGU